AGGGGUUCAUGUAGCAGCUACGGAGCACAGUGCUAGUAACUAAUCGCCCUUCCUUGCCAGAGUCCUCAUGCGCGCCACAUACAAGCACGACCAUCCUCUCUGCAAGCGCGGCAAAAGCCAUGCCCAAGCCCCUCCACUGCACAUCCACUUCCAGCAAUCCGAGACUUUCUACGUGCUCCGCGGCUCCGUGGGCACGACGACGACAUACGCGGCCAUCGACACAAUCCACACACCCAGCACCACGGGCGAGGCCAAGCCACAUGAGAUUGUCCCAUGGAUGCCGCACAAUUUCUGGCCCGACCCGAACGCGAGCGAGGACAUCACGAUCCUGGUCUGGGCGCAUCCGGACCCGGACGACAUGGACGAGAAGAUGGACCGGCUGUUCUUCCAGAAUCUGUUGAUGUAUGUCAGUGACGUGGCGGAAGGGAAGGAGAAGUUGAGUGUUUUGCAGGUCAUGCUUACUCAACACGUCUCGGCAACAGCAUUGGUGUGGUUUCCUAGGGCAUGGUGUCUUGGACCAUUGCGGUGGUGGAUACCGUAUCAAUUCCAGGCUCUGUGUGCGCUGAUGGCGAGGUGGUCUGGCAUGAAGCCGUUGAUCAAGAAGUAUAUGUCUGAGGAGGAGUGGGAGGAGGUACAGGAACGACUGAACAAUGGAGGCAAGGUGAAGGCAAAGUCUGCAUGAUUCGAACACGAGGUCCAUCCGGUGGGCAGUGCAUUCAUCCACCGUCCCCCAGCAUAUGUUCUGAUCGGAGCAGCGGAAAAAGAACAAGGUCGAUGCUUCCGCCUGAAAACGUCGAGAACAUCCGGAAGGAAGCGAAUCUGUUCCGGUCGAUGGCCCUGUGCUUUUCCAUCAUCAUCAUCAUCAACGGGGCGUCUUUGUUCAGAUUUGGAAAGAACUGUGAUUGCAAGA